GGCACUGGGAUGUCAACUGCCAGUAAGAAAAGAAAGCAGUUCUUAGCAAGUUAACAAAUAAAUAAAUGACAAAAUAAUAACGAAAUAUAUAAUAACAAAAUAAAUAACGAAAAUAUUUGCUUUUGUGCAAAUACGCUCACAGAAAUCGAUAAAAGUCUCGCCGUUGCUGCAAUUCCAAGCAAAUCAGGCAGUAGCAUUUGUGAUGUCCUGGUCAAGUGCACUAAUCAAAGAUAUCUCGAAACCAGAAAAUUUGAUCAUUUCGUCAGAAAUCGCAGUGGUCAUAGCAGACAAGUUUCCCAAGGCGCAGCAUCACUACUUGGUGCUACCAUUGGCCGACAUUCCCAGCAUCUUUCACUUGAACCGGAGCCAUCUGUCGCUUUUGGAGGAGCUGCAUCUGCUGGCCAGGAACGUUGUGGAAGUGAAAGGAGUCCGGUGGCAGGACUUCAACGUGGGAUUUCACGCGGAGCCGAGCAUGCAAAGGCUCCACCUGCACGUCAUCUCCAAGGACUUCGUAUCAACAAGCCUGAAGACCAAGAAGCAUUGGAACUCAUUCAACACCGAGCUGUUUGUGCCCUACACAAGUAAGGCUAUUAGAACACGGCGCAGGCUACAGGCUUCAUGAGCGAAAAACAGAUAAAUCGAAUGAUCUAGUUAGAAAAUAGAGAUUUGCCGGCGGUGCCAAUUUUUAUGAGCAUUCCCAUAUAGAAAAGCUUUACGCCCAGCUGGAGAAGGAGAAUAGCAUUUCGCGACUCCCGAAAUCACUAAAAGACGAGCUGCUGGCCAAGCCACUCAUUUGUAAUCAGUGCGAGUUUGUUGCAAGAAAUUUGCCAUCACUUAAGGGGCAUCUGGUGGGGCACCUUCAAGAUCCGAAAUCAGUUUGCCAGCGAGUCCGACUAGGGAACCAGUUCUUUCCCACAGCUGGUUACAGAACGUCAGAACUUGCAUAUUGUUUCGAUUUCGUGGAUUUCUACGAAUACAAAAAGCAAAUGGAGGUGGAUAAAUUGGCAUAUAUCCGAGAUGAGCUGCAGCGCAAGCUAAAUGAUAAGAGGAACUUCCUUAUCGAGAGUGACCGGGCGGUGGUCAUGAAAGCGGACUAUCCUAAAUCGCAAUACCACUUUAGGGUGGUGGCCAAGGAAGAGUUCAGGGAUAUAACUCAGCUAACCGAAGCGCAGCUGCCCCUGCUGGAUCACAUGAUGGAUCUGGCGAAUCAAAUCAUCGAGAAGCAGAAACACCUGGAGUCGCGUAAUUUUCUCAUCGGUUUCAAAGUCAAUACUUUCUGGAAUCGUCUAAAUCUACAUGUUAUUUCUAACGACUUCUAUUCCAUGGCCAUGAAACGUAUAAGUCACUGGAAUAGUUUCAAUACGGAACUAUUUAUGCCCUUUCAAAUUGCGUAUAUGAUGCUCAGUGUUCAGGGAUCCAUUGAAUCCAUUUCGGAGGAGACGUACAAUAAUUUGCAAGAGAAGACGCCAUUGCGAUGCAACCAGUGCGAAUUUGUUACUAAUAUGUUGCUGGAUCUAAAAGCUCACCUGUAUCAGCACUGGCAGCGCAAGGAGGACGAGCGCGAUCAGAAGAAAAAAGUCGAUAAAAUAAUCCAAAUGAUAUCUGAGACCAAACUGGAUGAGGCAGAGGCAAAGCCGAAGCUGUUGAAUGAAGAGGAACCUAUUCAAGCUCAGCCCGUUGCCGCUAUCGCCCAGUAUCCCAAUGAACAUCUAGGCAAGCCCUUAACGCCGCAACAGCAGCCGGGCAAGCAGCAGGCCCAGAAUGUUUACGACAAAAACAUUAACGGGCCUUCUGUGAAUAUGAUGAAUCAGAACAAUCCCAACAAUCCGUUCCGGAACACUCCGCACCUUAAUAGACAAUCACAGAAACCGCCGCAUCCCCGCUCUGGGCCCCGUGGACCAAUGGCUCCUUGGACUGGUCCGCGCUUUCCGUGUCAUCAACAGCAGAACAGAUUCAGGCCUCCAGGAUUUAACGCAUGUCGGCAACCUUAUCCACCCUAUCAUUCAGGCCAUCAGCAAUUUCCGAAUGCUUCAUCAGUCGGCGGCGGUCAAACUGGGCUGCCAGGUCAGGGACAGGGACCUAGACCGAAAUGGAAUUCAAAUAAGAUAUUCAAUCAACAGAACCGCCAAAAUACAGUCCAAGCCCAGCCACAAGCCCAGAACCAACAAACCAACCAGCAGCAGAUUCAAAAUUCGAAUAAAAACCAAACUCCAAAAAAAAAGCCAUGGAAAAAUCGCCUGCAACCUGUAGGCAAAGUUCAGAAUCAAGGCGGAGCGAAUCGCGAUCCCGCACCUCCAAGUAACUCGAAACCAUCUUAGGAUGAUUUAUCCUAUUGAAACAAUUCCUAAUUCCAAAUUCCCAACAGCAGUUGGUAAACUACCAGAAAGACUUUAGAUCCACACAAAUCGUUCCCAAAUUGGCAUUUUGCAAUAAACAAGAUGAAGGCAGGAAGAAAAAUUAAGAAAUCACUUGGGAUUCUACAAAAUCAAACGAUUUCAAAACAGCGCAACUCCUAGAAUAUUUUUCCCAUAUGAAUUUUUUUUCUGUAUGUCAUAUUUUAAAAAUAAAGUUCUUGUGAGCUCUUGGGAGUUCGCGAAAAUUUUGUAAAGC